AUGUAUCAUCUUGUCCGCUCCCUGUACCUCUAUGCAACUAGCAAGCCAGAGUAUUCCAUCAUCCUCCUUGGCCUGGACAAUGCCGGCAAAACCACUCUUCUCUCACAGAUAAAAGCGCUUUACAAUACUAUUGCAGAGCCGGUAGCUGGCCAGACCGGCGAUGCCCCCGCCUCAGACACCGCAGGCAAUACUGUGCCCACCGUGGGCCAAAAUGUCGCAACUAUCGACCUGCCCGAGAUGUAUUUGAAGAUCUGGGAUGUGGGUGGACAAAUGAGUCUUAGGAAAUUAUGGACGAGCUACUAUAAAAGUGCGCAUGCGGUGGUGUUCGUGGUGGAUAGCACAGACCUUGGGAAUGGAGAUAUCGAAGAUGCGCCGAAGACGCCUGGGUGGCACGGGCGCAAGAAAAGCUAUGUCGGGAAGGCUGGUGAUGAAGACGAGCCACAGACACCGUGGACUCCGAUGACACCCAUGACACCAGGAUUCUUCUCGUCGGGACUGCUCCAGGGUCGAUUAGAUGAAUGUCGAGCCGUUUUAGAAAGCGUGCUCGAAAAUGACGACACUGCCGGGAUUCCAAUAUUGAUUCUGGCCAACAAACAGGACAGGGAAGAUUGCCUCGAGGUUGUCAGGAUCAAGGAAGGCUUCGUGAAGAAAGUGUUCGAAGGCGAGAAGGGAGGAAUGGUUCGAGACAGCCGUGUCUUGCCGGUGAGCGCGCUGAAAGGGACAGGAGUGAAAGAGGCUGUGGAAUGGGUCAAAAGCAGGGUCAUGUGGAAUAAAGAAAGUCGUCCCCCGAUCAUGAGGUGA